CCCCUAUAGUCUAAUACUGGGGACAGGCUGAUCAGCAGAGGACACUACAGAACAUCUUCUACACUGAACGAAAAUCCUGCAGGCAGUUCUGCUGUCCCAACCCACUGGACUAGUUAUUCUCUCUUCUAUAGACUGGCGUAACUUCCCUCCUCAUUUACUAAGGCUGAUCCCCUCUUCAGAUCCAAACUGCUGUGGGCCCCCUUCUCCAAAUACUUGACUGGUGUGAGCCCCCUGACUGUACUGGACCCAGUGUCUAGUGUGGAUAUGGUGGAGAAAGUGCAGCGCCCUCUUGUGUCUAGUCUAGUGCAUGGCAGAGACGAGUCUCCUGGUGGCUCUGUACAAGAUUCACAUAAUUUGCUGGGAAGAGGAAAAGCUGAGGGAGGAAAAGCUGGAGGAAGUAAUGGCAACAACAUGGGAAAUCGACCUGCCGCCGCCAAUGCUGCUCGGGAGAGAAACAGAGUACAGACCUUGCGCCAUGCAUUCCUGGAGCUUCAGAGGACACUACCUUCUGUGCCACCAGAUACCAAACUAUCUAAGCUGGAUGUGCUGAUAUUGGCAACAACCUACAUUGCCCACCUUACCCGCAGCCUUCAGGAGGAAGAUGAAAGCAGCAGCGGCAGUCACCAGCCCAGUACCCCAAAGAACUCAGGAAAUCUUAGUCCAGAACUCCUGGGGACCCUGCAUAAUGCGGAUGGAUAUCUUCACCCUGUUAAGAAAUGGCCGAUGCGUUCCAGACUAUAUAUCGGAGCCUCUGGGCAGUUUCUACACCAAUCACUGUCCACUGAAAGCCAGAAUGAAGAAGAAAAUCUCCACUGAUCAGCUGGGAGCAUUAAAGACUGGCACAAACCUCAGCCAGACCUUACAUUGAACUCCAUGUUGUAUGGACAUUAGAGAAUGGGACUAACAUUGAUUAUGAACAUGGUCCGUGUAUCGGGUUUAUUUCAAAUCCCUUCAAUGAAAAGCACUACAACAUUUAGGGAAGGAGUAAGCUUUGGAGAGCACAGCACUAUCUUAUCCUGCUUUAAACUGGCAUUGAGCUAUAGCAGAGA